GACCUGCGCGCCGCCUCCACUGCCGUCGCCUUUCGCCGCCGCCAUGCUCUCCGUCCGCGUCCCGCUCGCUACCAUCGUGGACCCCCAGCAGCAGCAGCAGCUUCAGCUCUCGCCCCUCAAGGGGCUCAGCCUGGCGGACAAGGAGAACACGCCCCCGAGUCUCAGCGGGACCCGCGUGCUGGCCAGCAAGACCGCCAGGAGGAUCUUCCAGGAGCCCGCCGAGCCGAAAACUAAGGUGCUUGGCCCCAGCGUGGAGGACGAGCCACUCCUGAGAGAAAACCCUCGUCGCUUUGUCAUCUUCCCUAUCGAGUACCAUGAUAUUUGGCAGAUGUAUAAGAAAGCUGAGGCUUCCUUUUGGACAGCUGAAGAGGUGGAUCUUUCCAAGGACAUUCAGCACUGGGAAUCCCUGAAGCCUGAGGAGAGAUACUUUAUAUCCCACGUUCUGGCUUUCUUUGCGGCGAGUGAUGGCAUCGUAAAUGAAAACUUGGUGGAGCGGUUUAGCCAAGAAGUUCAGAUUACAGAAGCCCGCUGUUUCUAUGGCUUCCAAAUUGCCAUGGAAAACAUCCAUUCUGAGAUGUACAGUCUCCUCAUUGACACUUAUAUUAAAGAUUCCAAAGAAAGGGAAUUUCUCUUCAACGCCAUCGAGACAAUGCCUUGUGUAAAGAAGAAGGCAGAUUGGGCCUUGCGUUGGAUCGGGGACAAAGAGGCUACCUACGGAGAACGGGUUGUGGCUUUUGCUGCUGUGGAAGGAAUCUUCUUUUCUGGUUCUUUUGCGUCGAUAUUCUGGCUCAAGAAACGCGGCCUGAUGCCUGGCCUCACCUUUUCCAAUGAACUUAUUAGCAGAGAUGAGGGUUUACACUGUGACUUUGCCUGCCUGAUGUUCAAACACCUGGUCCACAAACCUUCCGAGCAGAGAGUGAAGGAAAUAGUUAUUAAUGCCGUUCGGAUAGAGCAGGAGUUCCUCACGGAGGCCUUGCCUGUGAAGCUCAUUGGGAUGAAUUGCACGUUAAUGAAGCAGUAUAUUGAGUUCGUGGCAGACCGACUUAUGCUGGAGCUAGGUUUUGGCAAGGUUUUCAAAGUAGAAAAUCCAUUUGACUUUAUGGAGAAUAUUUCACUGGAAGGGAAGACUAACUUCUUUGAGAAGAGAGUAGGCGAGUAUCAGAGGAUGGGAGUGAUGUCAAGUCCAACAGAGAAUUCUUUUACCUUGGAUGCUGACUUCUAAGAGAAAUGAAGAUGUGCUCUUAUUUUGCUGAUUUUUUUUCCCCUUUCUCAUCCAAAAAAAAAAAAAAAAAAAUCAGCUACUUGAAGUGUAUCAAACCAGCUACACCAUGAAUUAAUAAUGUUCAUUAAUAGUAUUGUUAAAACUGUGUAGCUACCUCAUAAGCAAGCCUGUUGAUUAGUGAUGCUAGUUGUCUCACCUAGAAAGAAGCAUAGGCAAAAGCUACUCGGAUUCUUAGGAAAGACCUUGGCCGUGUUUGGCUUUUGCAGGCAGGCUGGCUGUCGGUGAGUUCACUGUGGCUCUUAGUGGCAGUCAGGGCUCAACAUGUGUGGACCCUGGAGUGAGUCAGAUCCAGCAGGAUUAAUCAGUCAGUUACUCAAAGGCCCUUGGGAGGUCUCAGCCUUGGUGCUUCAAAGCAGAUUUUAAAGUUUACUUACUGAUUUAUAUAUAAAACUGGCACUUUACAUACAAAUAAACAGUUUGUACUGUUGAAAUAAAGGCCUGAUUUAACCUA